AUGCCCAUGAAGAUGGACCGAGAUUCCAGACUCAGGGCCACGAGAAGUGCCUUCUACCUGCAGGCUGGGGCCGGGAUCUUGGCCAACACCUGUCUGCUCUGCCUGCACCUGGCCGCCCUCCUCGGGGGCCACAAGCCCAGGCUCAUCGACCUCCCCAUGGCCCACCUGGCUCUGACACACAUCGUCCUGCUCCUCACUGUGGCCCUUUGUGUGCUCCAGGCCCUCACCAUCAGCACCAGUGGCUCCUCGCUGGCCAACUUCAAAGUCAAACCUGCAAACCCCAUCCUGGGGGCAUGUCUGUUCCUGUGGGUCCUCACCAUGGCCAUUACCAGCCACCAGCUGCUCUGCACGGUGGCCACCCCCAAUGCCACGCAGCCUGGUCUUCUCUUUGUCAACGGCCACUGCUCCUUCCUGCCGAGGUACAGGGGCGUUUUUCUGCUCCUGGUAACGCUCAGAGAUGUCUUCUUCGUGGGCCUCAUGGCCGUGUCCAGUGGGUACAUGGCCACCCUCCUGCACAGACAUCAGCAGCGCUGCCUGUCCCUCCACACCUCCCCCGAGCACAGGGCCACUCACAGCGUCCUGCAGCUGCUCGGCUGCUUCACCACCCUGGACUCUGCAGACUCUGCGCUCUCUCUGCUCAUCAGCAGGAUGAGGAGAAAUGACCCCGUGCUCGGGAGCAUCCACAACGCGGUGGCCAGCGGCUGCGGCAGGCUCAGUCCCCUGGUGCUGCUCAGGGCGGACACACAGAUCCUGAACCUCGUACAAGUCCAGUGGAGGAACAAAGCUCAGAUGCUGACAAGACGCAUCUAA